AUGGCCUCGGUCUCAUCAUCCACUCGCACGCCUGCCAUGCUGUUGGCGACGGGCCCAAUAUCGUUGUUGACUUUAAUGGCAGAUGUUAUUCGAGUUCCUGAGGAAUGCCUUGCUAUGUCUUUCUUAUAUCUCAACAGGUACAUCAAGUUCUAUCGUAGCCAAGGCCUUGAGAUUCCUCUCGACCAAAAUAUGCUCGCUCUGGCAUCACUGUCUUUAGCAUCGAAAGCAACAGAAGCUUCGCGCCGUCUACGUGACAUUCUGCUUCCAGCCUGGCGCCUAAUGCAACAGAACAAACCAGAUGCCAAACCACUUAUUGUCCCCUCGGAGACCUAUGAUGCCCUCCGCGCAGCUUUGGUGCAGACUGAACUCAUCUUGCUGCGAGUUCUCAAAUUCGAGCUUCGCAUACUCUUGGCGUUUGAGUUUAUUCCGAGUUAUCUUAAACGUACCGUUGGUGUAUUGAACUCUGGUGAAGGCGGUUGGGGUGGUACAGAUGAUUACGACCAUUGCACCCAAGAAAUCAAAGAAUCCGGUCAGAUUGCAAGUUUCAUGGAGACUGGGGUCGCGAAAGCUUGCACAGCGAGCAUUGUCGAAGCAUACAAAGAUUACCAGCUAGCAAACUUCUUCACGGCAAGGACUAUCGCUGCAGCUUGUCUCUAUGUUACUCUCCGAAAGCGUGGGCUUUUUAUCCAAGCAGACAUAGCGUCGUGGCUUAGGAGCAGUAUUAGCAGGUCGAUCGACGUGGAGGACUUUGAGGACGCUGUGUCGGGGCUGCAAAAAUUAGAAUGAUAUGGUCGUAUACGAUCUGCAGAAAUUCACGGG